AUGACUAUAAUAUAUAAACCAGUUGAUAUUAAUAAUGGGGAACAGUUUAAGGAGAUCAAAAGGCUCAUUGAUUUAGAUUUAUCAGAGCCAUAUUCUAUUUGGGUUUAUAAUUAUUUUUUAACCAAUUGGAGUGAAAUAUCGUUUGUUGCAAUUGAUUCUGAUAAUUUGAACGACGAUAAACCUAUUGGAUGCAUUAUUUGCAAGAGUGAUAUGCACCGUAGUGCUAGAAUGCGUGGAUACAUUGGGAUGUUAGCAGUUGAUCGUAAAUAUCGUAAAAAGGGUAUUGCAAAGUUACUCGUUAAUAAAUCUAUAGAGAAGAUGAAAGAGAUUGGUUGUGAUGAGAUAACGUUAGAGACAGAAGUUGAGAAUAAAAUUGCGUUGAGUCUAUAUGAGAAAAUUGGGUUUAUUAAGAUGAAGAGAAUGUUUAGAUAUUAUUUAAAUGAAGGCGAUGCGUUUAAACUUAUAUUACCAUUGACGGAGAAAAGUAGUGUUCGCAGUACUUUUUUACAGGCACCUCAAUAA